CUCUUCACCACCGCCAGCUUCACAAUACUACGUAACGGCAGGCUCCUAGUUCUCCAAUGAAUGAGCCUGUUUUCGCGCUGUGCGCAGAAGAGACAUAGGCCCAUGGCUGGGCGCCCGAUCUGGAAAACUCGUUCCGAGUAUACUGAGAGGUUGGGAAUCAGCAGAGGUCACAUUUCAAUCGUCUUUUCUCUUGUUUGUUUAUGUACUCGUCUGGGCGCAUAUUCCCCGUCAUUGUUUUUGCAGCGCGCAAACUCGGUGUCACGUGCCUUGUUCUGCCCGACAUGACGUCCGCCCUCCAUGGUCGUCAACCCAUGUCGGGCGCAAUGUCCCAGCUAUUUUCGAAUCACUUCACUCCACCCUUGCUCUACCCUGUCAACAUGCAUUGCUGCCUUUCACCUUGCGUUCCAGAAUCCAGCAUCCUCUUCCGUUGUCACAUCCUAUUCCUUGCUGCGACUCACGGUUCCGCAUGCUGCAAGUAUACUUGCCAGCAGCUUUUGUUGUCUACCAUCACACGCUUGUUAUCGUGACAUGGACCUCUCCACACGUAGUUGUACUCGGUGUAGCACUCUACUUUUCGCAUGAUGCUGGCGUCAGCUAUUUGCGGCCUGUUCAGUCUCGCUUGCGUUGAUAUGGAGUGAACUGAGCCAACCCU